UAAAAAUAUCAGUACCUUUGAGUCCGUCCUACCAAGCACACCUAAAAUAUUUUUUAUAAAAAGAACUCACGUUGCAAUUGAAACUUAUUGAAAUGAACUCUGAUAUGAAUAUACGAUUGCCAACCAAGAAAACCGAGGUGCCUUAUUUGAACUUCUUGCGUGACUAUCGGCAUCGCUUUGGCCAUCGCUUUCGCGGCUAUAAUCUGGUUAAGAAUGCGGCACUUUUGUGGAACAGACUCAGCAUAGAGGAGCGCGUACUUUUUAAGCAGCCCAACAUUAAAUAUGAUCACAAAAGCAGGGUAUUCAGCUCUGACAAACUCAGUGAUAAAAAGGCUGAUAGUGAGCUUAAAACUACUAGCAGCAAUGGCAAUGAACCGAAUAAAGGUAUGAAAAUUUUUGAAUCUUGGACCUCAAACCAGAGUGACGAUGUGGACUUAAUUUGCAAACUGAGGAUGAAAAAAAUUACAAGUUGUUGCGGCCACAAACUGAAGAUGCGCCAACGUAAACCUAUGCCACGGACCCGCCCCCGCCCUAACAAAACCAAUAAACGCACUCGCAAGCAACAUCCGAAGGCUAAGCCAAAAGCCAAGAAGCCAGCGAAGAAGCCAGCCAGAUCGUAAUUUGAAGAAUAUAGCAUUCGCCUCAUUUCUUUAUUAGCUCCCAAAUUUGUGGUAUGCAAUAAAUUUUGGAAAUUAGAAUAAAAACUCUGAGGAUCAGUGUAGGUUGGUGUUAA